UAGGUAUUUGGCCUUCAACUCAAGUAAGAUUAUAAAAUUUUCAUUUUUUUAGUGUUAUCGUGAUUUUUUAAGUAUUCGCCGGUUAGAUUUAACGUCCACUUGGUGCGAUCGCUAACCUGAAAUGUCUUCAAAAGUUAUGAAAUUGAAUAAUGGGCGUGAAAUUCCAAUUAUUGGAUUGGGAACUUACAAGUCCCCAGCCGGGGAAGUAGAACGUGCCGUAAGAGACGCAAUAGACGCUGGUUAUCGACAUUUUGAUUGCGCCUGGUUGUACGGAAAUGAAUCAGAAAUUGGAGAUGCUUUGUCAGAAAAAAUAAAAAAUGGAAGCGUUAAAAGAGAAGAUCUUUUCAUUACAAGCAAAUUAUGGUGCAAUUAUCAUAAAAAAGAAUUAGUUGUUCCUAUGAUUAAGGAAACAUUGGCUAAUUUAAAAUUGGAUUACAUUGAUUUGUAUUUGAUUCAUUGGCCAUUUGGAUUUAAGGAAGAUGCAGGAAUGUGGCCAAUGGGUGAAGAUUCAGCUUAUUCAGACGUCGAUUACCUAGAAACAUGGGAAGGAAUGGAGGAAUGUGUAAAAUUGGGUUUGGCAAAAAGCAUUGGUGUCUCGAAUUUUAACAGCCAGCAAUUAACCCGCUUAUUAGAAAAGUGCAAAAUUAAACCGGUCGUUAAUCAAAUUGAAGUAAACCCGAAUAUCAACCAAAAGAAAAUGAUUAAAUUCUGCGCCGAUCGUGAUAUUGUUGUCACUGGUUAUUGCCCCAUGGGACGUGUUGAAAACGAUGGAAUUCCCGGAUUUCCAACUCCAACGAUUAAGGAUCCUAAAGUUAUUGAAAUGGCGGAGAAAUAUGAAAAAACUCCUGGACAAAUUAUUUUGAAUUAUCUCGUUUCUUUGGGAAUCGCUGUUGUCCCGAAAUCCGUUACAAGAACUAGAAUCAUCGAAAAUAUUGAUAUUUUUGAUUUCAAAUUGGAUGAUGAAGAUACCAAGUACUUGGAUUCUUGUAAUAAGAACCAACGCAUUUGCUUUUUUGAGUGCUUCAAAACUCACCCCCAUUUCCCUUUCAACAUUGAGUAUUAAUGAAAAAUUACUACUUAA